AUGGCAGAGAAAAAGUUCAAGGGGGCCCCGUUUGGAACCCAAGCGGCGAGGUUUGACGUGGCGGGAGUUCAUCCCGCAAACAAACGCACUGGCACCUACACAGAGAUCCCUUACUGCAAGAAGAGAACAAGUGACCUGGAGAGAAACCUAGGGCCUGGCACAUAUAACGUGGAGAGCGGUGACUUCAGUUCCAGGGCUGUGCAGGUACGGGCGAGGGGUCCUGGGUGGAGACGCGCGUUGGAGACAGCACGCUUGGCACAAAUGACACACCUGAGGAACUGCUACCUGCCGAGAGAGCGGACGAAGACUAAAAUAGGUCCUGACACUUACAACAUUACUAGUUUUAUUGAGGAGCUGGAGAAGAGACCCCGCAGUGUGAGGGGAAUCUGCGAAACCAGGGAAGAACGCUUCAGAGACGUGCAGAGCUGGACUCCUGGCCCAGGUACCUAUGGGAUAGGAGGUGUCCCUUCUGCGGCUCUGGAGGAGAAGGCGAGGCAGUCAGUUAGCACACGGCCCUCGAUGGAGAGCAGAGCGCUUCUGGAGCGUUUUCCCACUGAGUGUGUGGACAGUGGCCUGAGUCCUGGUACAUAUAACCUGAAGACCUCCACUGACAUCAUCCUGAGCAGCGGUGCUGGGAAACGCGGUCCAUACGACUGUUUUUCCAGCUCCAGAGACAAGGCCAGUCCCUGCGGACACUAUGCCGCUCCAGGUAGGGUAAGUCUGGACCCGGGACAGUACACGAAAGAGGUGCCAAGGUUUGGAGAGGAGUUAUGCAGGCCAGAGAAGAGGAUGCAUGGUGUGUUUAGUGCCCUGGACCAGUACCCAGCCACGCCCACUGAGAGAAUCUACCUGAGCACCCUGUCCCAGUGCCCACGCCCAGCGACUUUCCCUGGGCCUGGCUGGUAUGAUGCGGGCGGAGUUUCCAGUGAAGAAAAUCACCGUGCCCCGCCUUUUCUCUCCUCUGCCCCCCGAUUCACCAAGAGACUGGACAGAAUCCACAACAGAAAUUACAACAUGGUUGGACCGGGUCAGUAUAACAUUGCCACAGUGGACCAGAGGAAUGCUGCCAAUAACCAGAGCUCCUGUUUUAGCUCCAGAACACAGAGAUAUCUUCACUGCUCCAAAAGAGACAAAUACACGCAAGAGAGACUGAGAUCAAUGAAUGUCCCUGUGAGCCGGAGAGCCUUCCUGCUGCAGCCUGAUGGAGCGGUCGCUGGACGGAUGCUAUGUUCCUCAGCUUAG